AUGGAUGCGUUAAACGAAAUCAAGCGCAAGCGCGAAGCUCGUCGAGCGCUGCAGGCUGAGGAGAAGCGUCGGGUGGAGAAAGAACUACGAGAACAUGGCGACGACGCAGGCUACAAGUUCCGAAGGCUCAUUCAGCAGUACCGAGAUGCGCUUCCUCCUUGUCAGCAACAGCAGCAACAGCUUCAGCAACUGCCUCUACUGUCUCUGAGCUCGUCCGUACGACCGCCACCAACCCCAACAACCCUCGUGGACGCUGCAGACGCUCCGAGACUGUCAGUCUUCAUCCGCAAGCGUCCACUGGCCAAGAAAGAGCUCAAGGCCAAGGGAUACGACAUCAUCUCUUGCUUAUUCACAUUAGAAGACCAAAACGCCAGCAACUCGGCGCAUUUACGCCGAGAACUCGUGUGCCACGAGCCCAAACUCCGCGUGGAUUGCUCCGAGACGCUGGAGAACCACCAGUUCCGCUUCGAUGCAGUUUUCGACGAGCUACAGGAGAACAGCAAAGUCUACGAUGCGACUGUGGGGCCGAUGGUACCCUACCUCGUCUCGGAAGCUACAACGUCGAGUGAUACAACGAGCUUGACGGUGUUCGCGUAUGGACAGACGGGAUCCGGCAAAACGUACACCAUGAAGUCCAUUUAUCGCCAAGCUGCGGUCGAUUUAUUCCAACAACUGGAGGAACUGAAAGAGUCAAGCUCAAAUCGCCGCAAUUCUCGCGUUAGUGUUGGCGUGAGCUUUUACGAGAUUUACAUGAACAGCGUGAACGAUUUACUCAACGGACGAUCGCGCGUACAGCUCAUGGAAGACGGUGAUGGUGCGGUACAAUUACCCGGACUUAAAGAGCUGCCAGCUACCAGUGCGGACGAACUGCUGGAGCUCGUUCAGCUCGGAGAGCAAGCUCGAGCCACAAGUGCCAACGCAGUGCACGACGAUUCCUCGCGUUCACACGCGUUGCUGCGUGUGACGUUGUAUGCGGCAGAUAACAACAACGGCCCCGCUUUGGCGAGACUCUCCAUGGUCGAUCUGGCCGGUAGCGAACGCGCGAGUGAUACUCAAAGCGACAAGAAGAGCACGCGGAUGGAAGGCGCGGAGAUCAACAAGAGCCUCUUGGCUCUGAAGGAGUGCAUCCGUGCGUUAGAUCGAGGCGCCACGCACAUUCCGUUCCGACAGAGCAAGCUCACGCAACUGCUUCGAGACAGCUUCCUCUCGCAGAACUCGAAAACCAUCAUGAUCGCCACCGUCUCGCCUUGCUCGGAGAGCUGCAACCACACUCUCAAUACGUUGAGGUACGCCGACAGACUCAAGGAGAUUGGUGCGGCUAGUUGA